UGACGUCCAGUGGAGAGCUCGUUACUGGUCGUGCGGCUGCUGGUCGUGACAUCUUUUUGCUGAUCAAGCUGUUUCACCCACAACAGGCACAGAUUUACUCGUCCUGUCUGCUGGUGAAGGAUGUUAUAAACCUGACUACUUUGAUGGGAAGUGACCUGCAUCGUCUUUUUUUCCCUCUCUUAAACGUUUUAUUAUGUUUGCUGCUGGUUGGCAGGUGAAGCGAACUGCGCUGAGGUCACUUGCAAAAGUCAACUAUUGCGUGUUGUGUUCCUUCUUGCCUGUGCCUUCACUUCUCAAAGACAUCUUGGCAGGGUCGAUAACAGGAAAAGCCAAUUUAAGAGGGUCCUUGAGUGGUCGAGCCAGAUAUCAUGAAGUGGAAUCUCUUCAAAAAGAAGCCAGAAGCCAUGGUGGGCCCGGAGCCCACGGGACUCGGCGGCACCCAUCCAUCACACACCAUGACGAUGGCCCCCGCCGUCUCCACACCUGCAGACAACUCCACCGAAUCUGAGGGACCCGUCAACAAGAAUGAUGUCUUUGAGGAAAUCAAAAGCAAGUUCCUCAAUGAGAUCGAUAAAAUCCCAUUGCCUCCGUGGGCGCUCAUCGCCAUCGCUGUAGUGGCCGCCCUCCUCAUCCUCACCUGCUGCUUCUGUAUCAUUAAGAAAUGCUGCUGUAAGAAGAAGAAGAACAAGAAAGGCAAAAAGGGAAAGGACGGCUUCAACAUGAAGAACAUGCAGGGCGGAGAUAAACACCAGGAUGAUGAUGAUGAAGAAGGAGAAACUGGUUUGACGGAGGAGGAGAAAGAGGAAGAGGAAAAAGAAGUGGAGAAACUUGGAAAGCUUCAGUAUUCUUUGGAUUACGACUUCCAGGAUAACAAGCUGACCGUGGGAAUCUUGCAAUGUGCCGAUCUGAUUUCCAUGGACUCUGGUGGAACAUCCGACCCUUACGUUAGAGUCUUCAUCCUUCCAGACAAGAAGAAGAAGUUUGACACUAAGGUGCACAAAAAGACCCUCAACCCAGUGUUCAAUGAGACCUUCGUCUUUAAGAUCCCGUACCAGGAGCUGGGUGGGAAGACGCUGGUCAUGUCUGUGUACGACUACGACCGUUUCUCCAAGCACGACAUCAUCGGUGAGGUCAAGCUACCCAUGAACACUUUGGAUCUGGGUCAGCCGAUCGAGGAGUGGAGAGACCUGGACAGUGCUGAGAAAGAGGAGCCGGAGAAGCUUGGCGACAUCUGCAUCUCUCUGCGUUACGUUCCUACUGCGGGCAAACUGACCGUUUGUAUCCUCGAAGCCAAGAACCUGAAGAAGAUGGACGUUGGCGGCCUGUCUGACCCAUAUGUGAAGAUCCAGCUAUUGCAGAACGGCAAGCGUCUAAAGAAGAAGAAGACUACGGUGAAGAAGAACACGCUGAACCCGUACUACAAUGAGUCCUUCAGCUUUGAGAUCCCUCUGGAGCAGAUGCAGAAAAUCCUUGUGGCGGUGACGGUCUUCGACUACGAUAAGAUCGGUAAAAACGAUGCCAUCGGGAAGAUCUUCAUUGGCAGCAAAGCCUCAGGCACAGCGCUCAAGCACUGGUCUGACAUGCUGGCCAACCCACGCCGUCCCAUCGCCCAAUGGCAUCCCCUCCAACCAGAGGAAGACAUCGACGGUGCUCUGGCUGCUAUUAAUGCCAAGAAGUAACUUCUCACAUCUCAGCCUGACUAACCAACUAACUAACCAACCUGCCACUGCAUGACACCCUACACUCAUCCAUACGCGCUCUGCCAAUUUGUUUCGCAUAAUCACCAACAAAAAUAUUCUAAAGAAUAUACUUGAAAAGAUAAACAAUAUCACAUGUUCGCCACAUAGCAUAAACCAAGGCAAAUAACAUUGUGCACCUAAAUAGUGAAAGCAAAAGGACAGUAGAGGUAGAGUGAUAUUUUUCACACAGUUUUCUACUUUGUAGUCCAAUUUGCCAGCCAACUACACAAUACCAAAAUACAAAAAUAGUAAAAACCAAUAAUGAAAGUGCACAAAAUAAAUCAGUUAACAAACAAACCAUUUGCCUACAACUAGUUAACUGGAUUAAAUGUUACAAAAGGCUUUUAUUUCAUUCCAUGAACAGGAAGGAAUUUGUUUCAGGAUCUUGUUUGUUCGAUAUAUUGGUGAGGUGGAAUUUUGUGCCUAAUCAUAAGGUACGUUGCAAAUAAUGGUACGUUUGUGUUGCAAAUAUCUACACAUUUGCACAAUUACACAGCAAUGUUCAGGUUCACUUAAACAUCCCAGGAGAAGAAAGUGGUGUAAGACAGAUUUGUUUACAUUGUCAAUAAGUAAAUUAGGCCUUUGGGCCAUAAGACACGUCGAAACAUAUUGCAUUUGCAUAUAUGUGCCCAAAAGAAAGAGGAUUCAGGUCUAUGGUUUUGUAAUAGUGCAGUUAGAUAGGACUAUAUUAAUAAAUAUCCUAAUAAUUCAUGAAAUGUUGCAAUAAACAUUCAACACGAGUCAAGCAUGGUUUAUACAAUCAGUGUAAAGUUAUAGAUACACACAAACAGUCUCUUUUACUGUAAUGCUGCUAUUACAGUGCCAAAUCCAGACUUCUCACAUUUAGAAGAUCCCAUCUGGCCAAACCUGACAUGCACUAAAGCUGGCUAUGAAUGUAUCGUGGGAUCAUACAAAAGAAAUUUGCACUCGGUCAGUGUGUCCUUGAGAGUUGUGUGUUCAUGAUCUCGGCUUGUUUCACAUACAUUUGAAUUCCUGGUUGACUUCACUGCCACCUUUGUUCAGAGCUCAAACUUAAAGUUCAUUCCGUAAACUCCACUCUCCGAGCUGCCAAUGUAUUAACUGGAACAGAAUAGUAAGUGGCGCUUAACUAGACGAAAUAAAGUAAUCCGAAGCAUUCAGCUCCACUCUUCAUCCCCAGUGAUGCUUGUGUAUAUAUGCAUUGAUCAGAUUGGUUUUUACAGCAUGUACCUAUAAAUUGAUGUACAUAGAAGCAUGUUUUAAAGAUAGAGCAUAAUUAUAUUGUGUACGUGUGGCAUUUGUCAUUUUGAUAAUAAAAUGUAGAGGAAAGAAAAUUAAGGCACAUUUUAUGAAAUUUCCCUGAAAGGGCGUAAGAUAUUUAAAAAUAUAUUAAUAUAGAGUUUUUAAAAAUACUUUUGAAUUUGCAAAAGAAUUAAGAGCUGUGUGUAACGUGAGUGUUAGACUCAUGCUUGUGGUGUCAGUUUAUGUUCAUUUGCAUUUAUUUACCUUUUUUGUCCAGUCAACGUGUAUUUGUCAAGUUUCUGUGUGUAUUUGUCCUGUUGAUGUGAAAAUAAGAAAUAAAAAUGUUCAGGUUGUGAAUUUACAGGAAUGUCUUGUUAGGGUGAAUUUCACAAGAACAUGUCUGGGUUACAUUUCACCACAAAACCAGAAGACACAAAUAAAGUGUAUUUUUCAUUAAGAAAUGUUUAGGACCAUUUUAUUUUAUUAUUAUUUUAUUGUAUUGCUUUGCAUUGCAUUAUAAUGAUAAUUCUGUGGAAAAAUAUGCUUAAUUUUUAUGAUGAAAUGCAAAAAGUAAUAAUGGUCCUAAAAUAAGCUUCAUUUUCUCCCUGUGGAAUAUAUAUAUAUAUUUCUUUUUUUCUUUUGAUUUUGCGGUGAAAAUGACCCGAAUGUUGUUUCAUGAGAUUCACCUGUUAAUGUACAGUGUGUAAAACCACUUGCUGAAACUAGAAGCCAUAUGCAUGGGCCCUUGCAAGAGCUCAUCGUUUUCGGACAAAAACAAACACCUCAACAGAAACCAAUAAUAAUAACCUUCACCCAUUUUGAGUCAAAAUGAUGUGUGAGAAACUGUCUGUUCAAAGAUGGUUUUGGUUUUAUAAUUCUUAACAAUAAUUUAAAGGAUAUUGCCAGGUAUGAAAGUGAUGCCCUCAUGUUUAUAAUACAACAACUGAAGUCAUUUGAGAUCACAUAAUAAACUGCAUAUUCACAUAAUUGCUUGCAAAUAAAUUAAGAGAUGUAUUAUCAUAAUUAUGGUGAUGCAAAUGUACAGUAGCAUGACUUUAUUAUGCAAUAUGUGAAAUUGACAACCAGCCAAAUAGAUAUGAGGUUUAUUUGUCAAAUUAAUUUGGGAUCAGUUUGCAUAUGAUUUUCACAUGAUUGAUCCUUCGUUUUCUUAAUUUUAUGAAAUGACUGAUCAAAUGGCACCUCUAAAGUAUUUUAUUUUGACAGGGGCAGCUGAUUGUUUGUCUGAAUCAAAACAUAGAGAGGCCUAGAUGGAUUAUAAUGAUUAAACAUGGUCUUUUAGUGGCCAUUCAGAUGUGUUCUCAUAUUUAUUGUUUUAAUUCCUUCAAUGAAUGCUCGGUCUGUUGUAUGUAAUAAUUUAUUUUCUAUGACUUUCUGUUCAGUUGAACAGCCUUAAACCAUCUACUUAAGAGUGUUUGUCCGCUUCUGUGUGUUGUACUUUGCAAUAGGACCAAUGUAGAUUAAAAAGCCUCAGUGUUCUGCUUCUGUGGAUGUGAAUCAAGCUGCAGGGCUUUCGUGUUCCUCUGCAGAGCAAGCAACAAAAUCCCAGUCUUCCCUGGGACACUGUGGAUGCCAGUCGACUGGCCCCCUUCCCUCUCUGUGUUAAGACAGUUUUCCAUUCAUUGCAUUCUAAUAUAAACCAUGCAGUCACAAAGACCUUCAAUACUGCCAACAUCUCAGCUUACUAGCAUCUAAAACUCCCCCUGUCCAUCCCAUCUAAAGACUCUCUCAAAGAACUGAUGCCUUCCUUUUGCGUUCGUCCUGUGUGGAGGUUCCAGUGUUUUGUGGAUGCUUUGAAAUCCCCUUCUACAAAUGGAAACAUCGGCCAGUGAAGAAGAAGAAAAAAAAGAAAGCCUUUCUUCUGGCUACUGGUGUAGCUUCUUUUCAUCCUGUACAUCCACUGUGAACACCUCCAUGAAAGUAGAACGUCUACACGCAGAUUUCUCCAUGAGUUAUUGAUUAGUUAAUCGUAGGAAAUAAACAUCUUUUAAAUAUA